AUGGACAUCACAAGCACUCAAACAGAUGCACUAGUGUUGCCAGAGCUUUCUGCCGAAGUUAUCGAGGAGUACAUUUGCUUUGCUCGGACCUACCAGGAGGCUCAGAGCUCCGCCGACAACGACGACGCUGUCUCUCCGACCAUCACCGCGUCGGCCUUCUCCUCUCUGGGCUUUGGCAGUGAUGCUGUGUCUAGCACUACUUCCUAUUUGCCUGAUCCGCAUGCUGUCUCCAAGGCAGAGGCUCUGUCGUACUACGCAGGCCUCCCUUCUGAGCCCACGCUUAUUUACCGCACGGGCAAGGAGCAGUGGUCCCUGCCUAGAGGACCUGAGGCCCAACGCCGUUUGAAGGAGCUGCGAGAAGUUUUCGACCAUCCGAUUACGAAGGUCUGGCACCACGACUUAGCCUGGAAGGUUGUUUCUGUUAUGGACGAUCACAAGAUUCUCUUUACGACAAUAGACAUUGUUCGUUUCAAGAAUGUCGAGGUCGACGAAGCGCCCGAGGACGAAGAAGAGGGCGAGGAUGAAGAAACGGUCGAGGCUAAAAAACCGGUCCUCAGUCCCGUCACAAUCUGGAUUGGCGUCUUCCCUGAGUCUACCACCGCUACGGCUGCCCACCAUGCAGCUCAGAGUAUCUUAAUCCUUCUCCAGAAGUACCAGAUCACCGACGUCGAUGUUGACUUCCGCGAGUCCAUCUACACGCGUGACGUCGGUCCUCGGCUUCUCAAACCCGUCGAGGACCUGGACCCAAUUGUCGACGUCGUUAGUCCCCUCACCCCUGCCCUCGGUCUCUGCAUCUCCACCAGGACCAGGCCCAACGCUCAGGGAACCAUGGCCCUCUACCUCGCUGAAGGUGGCGGCAGUGAUAGGCUCUUGGGCCUUUCGUGCCGUCACGUCCUCAUUGGAUCCCAGGAAGGCAACCUCGACUACUCUUACCACCCCAGUGCGCCUGCUAGAGAUGUCCUCCUACUCGGUAAGAGGGCUUACGCUGACGUCGUCGAUUCGAUCAAACUCGCGAUCGCAGACCACGGAAACUCGAUCAAGCGUUGGAGGAAGCAGAUUGAAUCAUUCAAGGAAAGGGAGAAGGGUAAAGACGCUACCGACGUUGCGAAGGCUGAGGCACGUCGGAUUGAGACUGAGGGGUUGGUGGACAAGGCGGUGAAGGCAAUGGGGGAACUUGGAGAGUUGCUCGAUCGGGUCAACAAGGAGUGGAAGAAACUCGACAACCGUGUCAUUGGCCACAUCCUCCGCUCCCCUCCCAUCUGUCUCGGCGUCAGUGAGCAACAUUUCACGGAGGAUUGGGGAGUUUUCGUGGUCGACCGGACCAAGCUCGGUGACGGUUUCCAGGGCAAUAAAAUGGAUCUCGGAACGAAGAUGUCGUCCACCGAGUUCAAGAGAAAGUGUUUCCCCCGCAGAGAUGCUAACUGGGAGUUCGAAUAUCCCGAAGAUCGUCUACUUCCACUUAAGGGAGUCAUCACCGACGACUUGAUGCGUGCCCCCGACAUGUGGGACUCGAACGGCGAAGCAUGCUUGUUGGUUGCCAAGAGGGGUAAUGCCACUGGCACCACUCUCGGCCGUGCGAAUGGCAUCUUCUCCAUUGUUCGCAACUACUUUAACGACAUGUCUAUCAACCAAACCUCGUUGGAGUGGUGUAUAAUCAACUACGGCAACAAGUCGGGCGUCUUUUCGGAACCCGGCGAUUCAGGCUCAAUCAUUGCUGACAUCUCUGGCCGUAUCGGUGGCAUGCUUACUGGCGGUUCUGGUAAGUCCAAGACCCUCGACACGACCUACGCCACGCCGUUCUGGUGGCUUCUCAAACGUAUCCGGGACAGCGGGUUCCCCAAUGCCCACCUCAGCGUCAUUGUCUAG